AUGGUAUUGGAGAUUGUAGUUGCUAACUCUUUUACUUCUGUACAACCAGCUUGUCAUGAUGAUGAAAGCUCUGCCUUGAUGCAGUUCAAGGAUAGCUUUGCCAUUCACAAAUCUGCUUCUCUAUGUGAUCCUAAGGUUCUGCAGUGGAAAUCUCAUGGAGUAAAUUCAAGCAAUUGCUGCUUAUGGAAUGGAGUCCAAUGUGAUGGCAAGACUGGUCAUGUGAUUGGACUCGAUCUUAGUAGUAGCUGUUUAUUUGGCUCUACCAACUCUAACAGCACCCUUUUCAAUCUUGUUCACCUUCAGAGCCUGAACCUUGCUGAUAAUGAUUUCAAUUCCUCUGAAAUUCCUGUUGCUGGUGAAUUUCCUUCUGGAGUUUUUCAAUUGCCAAACCUUAGAAUUCUAGAUGUAAGUUCCAAUGGCAAUCUCAAGGGCUAUAUUCCUGACUUCCACCAUAAAAGUCCUCUUAAAGAAUUGAAACUUGGUGGAAAUAACCAGUUGCAUGGUCGUGUUCCACAAUCGUUAUCUAACCUCAUGAAUCUUGAGACUCUUUAUCUCCAUUCUAACAAAUUAAAUGGCGCUUUGGAAUUUGACAUGUUUUUCAGAAUGAAAAGUCUUGCAUACCUUGAUCUUGGUAGAAAUAAUUUAUCGCUACUUUUUAGCAAAGGAAACAAAAAUGCAACGAGCUCAAAAUUCAAGCUUUUAGCACUCGAGUCAUGCAACUUAAGUGAAUUCCCAUAUUUUAUUAGGCAUCAAAACGAGCUGGAGCGGUUGUCACUUGCUAAAAACCAGAUCUGCUGUGAAAUACCUAAAUGGAUGUGGAAGACAAGCAUAGACACUUUGGUCAGCUUCAGCAUUGAGGACAACUUGCUAACAGGCUUUCUGCCUGUAGCUCUUCCGUGGGUUAACUUACUUACAUUUGGUGUUUCAUUUAACAGGUUGCAAGGAACACUACCGAUUCCUCCACCAUCCAUUGUGUUCUAUAACGUGUCAAAUAACCUACUUAGUGGAGAAGUUCCAAUUAUGUUUUGCAAUCUGAGUUCUCCUUACAACCUUGAUUUGUCUAAUAACACAUUGGAUGGGAAUAUUCCAGAGUGUUUGGGAAACUUAAGCAGUACCUUGUAUGUGCUAAAUUUAAGAAACAACUUCUUUAAAGGCAUCAUUCCAAAAAUAUGCAACAACAAGGCAAGUAACUUGAGAAUAAUUGAUCUUAGUUAUAAUAAGCUGCAGGGGCAGCUGCCAAGAACAUUAUCCAACUGUAAGAUGCUUGAAGGUAUUGUUGUCUCCAACAAUCAGCUGAGUGACGUUUUUCCAUCUUGGUUGGGGUCCCUUCCAGUCUUGAAGCUUCUCAUACUACAACACAACGGGUUCUACGGUGUAAUUGAGAAACCAAAAGGUUAUAUCGGGUUCCCUGAGUUGAGAGUGCUUGAUAUCUCUUUCAAUAAUUUCACAGGUGAGUUGCCAUCUCAUUACGUUUCCAGUUGGAAUGCUAUGAAGGCCAUCGAUCCCCAUCCUUUUACAUAUUUGGGUGUGAUAUUUAAUUUUACUAUUCCAAAAACUGCACUGUACCAAGAUAAAAUUCGUUUUGCAAUCACAAUUACAACCAAAGGGGUGAAUAGAUACUAUGGAGCCAUCCAAGAUAUCUUUGCUUUUAUUGAUAUGUCAAGCAAUAAAUUUGAAGGAGAGAUUUCUACACUUUUUGGGAAUCUAACGUCCCUUCGCUCCUUAAAUCUCUCAAACAACAUGCUCACUGGUUGCAUCCCAUCGUCGUUGGGGAAUUUAACGGAACUUGAAUCAUUGGACCUUUCUCAAAACAACCUUUCCGGAGAGAUUCCUCAACAGUUAAAGCAACUUAUGUUCCUUGCAAGCUUCAAUGUAUCAUACAACAAGCUUACAGGGCCUAUACCUCAAGGGAACCAAUUCAGUGCAUUCAAGAGCAGUUCAUUUGAGGGAAACCCAGGAUUGUGUGGAGAUCUAUUGUUUAAGAAAUGUGGUGAUUUAGAGCCCUCGUCACUGCCUCCUUCAGCUUUUGAAGAAAAUGAUGAUUUAGAGUCUAUGUUCAAAUUAGAUUGGAAAUUUGUGUUGGUAGGAUUCGUGAGUGGGCUGGUUGUUGGAGUAGCUCUUGGCGACAUGGUGAUCAUAAGGAGGCAUGGAUGGUUGGUUAAGAUGCAAUGCAAAAGGAGAAGGCGAAGGAGAUAUCAAAGAAAUUGA